AUGCCUGAGGAAACCCAGACCCAAGACCAACCAAUGGAGGAGGAGGAGGUCGAGACCUUUGCCUUUCAGGCAGAAAUUGCCCAGUUAAUGUCCUUGAUCAUCAAUACCUUCUACUCGAACAAAGAGAUCUUUCUGAGGGAGCUCAUCUCCAAUUCAUCGGACGCUCUGGAUAAAAUCCGAUACAAGAGCCUGACGGACCCCAGUAAACUGGACUCAGGGAAGGAGCUGCACAUCAAUCUCAUUCCCAGCAAACAGCACUGAACCCUGACGAUUGUGGAUACUGGAAUUGGAAUGACCAAGGCCGACUUGAUCAAUAACCUUGGCACCAUUGCCAAGUCGGGCACCAAAGCCUUCAUGGAGGCUUUGCAGGCUGGUGCAGAUAUCUCUAUGAUUGGCCAGUUUGGUGUUGGUUUUUACUCUGCAUAUUUGGUUGCUGAGAAAGUGACUGUCAUCACCAAGCAUAACGACAAUGAGCAGUAUGCCUGGGAGUCCUCAGCUGGGGAAUCCUUCACAGUGAGGACUGACACAGGUGAACUAAUGGGUCGUGGAACAAAGGUUAUCUUGCAUCUGAAAGAAGACCAAACUGAGUAUUUGGAGGAAAGGAGAAUAAAGGAGAUCAUGAAGAAGCAUUCUCAGUUCAUUGGCUAUCCCAUUACUCUCUUUGUGGAGAAGGAACGAGAUAAGGAAGUCAGUGAUGAUGAGGCUGAAGAAAAGGAAGAGAAAGAGGAAGAGAAAGAAAAAGAAGAAAAGGAGUCUGAUGAUAAACCUGAAAUAGAAGAUGUUGGUUCUGAUGAAGAAGAGGAGGAGAAGAAGGAUGGUGACAAAAAGAAAAAGAAGAAGAUAAAGGAAAAGUACAUUGAUCAAGAAGAACUCAACAAAACAAAGCCGAUUUGGAUGAGAAAUCCUGAUGACAUCACUAAUGAGGAAUAUGGAGAGUUCUACAAGAGCUUAACCAACGAUUGGGAAGAACAUUUGGCAGUAAAGCAUUUUUCUGUUGAAGGACAAUUAGAAUUCCGGGCCCUUCUUUUUGUCCCAAGACNCGCUCCUUUUGAUCUGUUUGAAAACAGAAAGAAGAAGAACAACAUCAAGUUGUAUGUUCGCAGAGUUUUCAUCAUGGAUAACUGCGAGGAGCUAAUCCCGGAGUAUCUGAAUUUCAUUAGAGGGGUAGUGGAUUCUGAGGAUCUCCCUCUAAAUAUUUCCNGUGAAAUGCUGCAACAAAGNAAAAUUCUGAAAGUUAUCAGAAAGAAUUUGGUCAAGAAAUGCUUAGAACUAUUUACUGAACUAGCAGAAGAUAAAGAGAACUACAAAAAGUUUUAUGAGCAGUUCUCAAAAAAUAUAAAGCUUGGAAUUCAUGAAGACUCUCAGAAUCGGAAGAAGCUUUCAGAGCUGUUGCGGUACUACACGUCUGCUUCUGGGGAUGAGAUGGUUUCUCUGAAGGACUACUGCACCAGAAUGAAGGAAAACCAGAAGCACAUCUAUUUUAUCACAGGUGAGACCAAGGACCAGGUUGCUAACUCGGCCUUUGUGGAACGUCUCCGAAAGCAUGGCUUAGAAGUAAUCUAUAUGAUUGAGGCCAUUGAUGAGUAUUGUGUGCAACAGCUGAAGGAAUUUGAGGGCAAGACCUUGGUGUCUGUUACCAAAGAAGGACUGGAACUUCCAGAAGAUGAGGAGGAAAAGAAGAAACAGGANGAGAAAAAGACAAAAUUUGAGAACCUCUGCAAAAUUAUGAAAGAUAUUUUGGAGAAGAAGGUUGAAAAGGUGGUUGUGUCAAACCGAUUGGUGACAUCCCCNUGCUGUAUUGUCACAAGCACGUAUGGGUNGACAGCAAACAUGGANAGAAUCAUGAAAGCUCAAGCCCUCAGAGACAACUCAACAAUGGGUUACAUGGCAGCAAAGAAACACCUGGAGAUAAACCCUGAUCACUCCAUUAUUGAAACCUUAAGGCAAAAGGCAGAGGCUGACAAGAAUGACAAAUCUGUGAANGAUCUGGUCAUCUUGCUGUANGAAACUGCACUCCUGUCUUCCGGCUUCAGUCUGGAAGAUCCCCAGACCCAUGCUAACAGGAUCUACAGGAUGAUCAAGCUUGGUCUAGGUAUUGAUGAGGAUGAUCCUACUGCGGAUGACACCAGUGCUGCUGUAANUGAAGAAAUGCCU